AUGGAAGUCGGGCAGUAUGUAGAUGCUGUCAAGAGAUCAUGUGCUUCAAUGGGGUGCAUGGUAAUUUUAGAUAGUUGGGUUGAUGUUCACGGUAGAUCCUUCUUGAACAUCAUUUUUCACUCUCUAAAGGGUGCAAUCCUAGUGAAUACCAUUGAACUUCCGAAGGAUGAGUUGACAGAAAGGUCUGUUGUGGAUCAAUUGCAAUCUACAAUGGAUGAAAUAGGACUUCACAAAGUUGUACAGUUCAUCAGUAAUGAUCUGCGUAACCAUGAGCCCCUCCAGAAGACGCUUUUCCAAAGGCAUCCAGGUACCUACAUGACAUUUUGUGCUGCUCAAGGCAUUCAGUUGCUUUUCGCAUAUAUCUUUCAACAGGUCAAAUGGUUUGGAAGGACGAUGUGCGAUGUUAAAUUGGCGAAUGAUUAUCUGCACGAGUAUGCCGAAUCUUUGUCCCUGUCCGUGAAAUUUGGAGGCAAAAGGGAAUUGGGAGAUGUUCUUCCUAAUGGUUUAGCCGCAAACUUUAGAAUGGUUCAGUGUAUUCACAAUGCAAAAUCAGAGAUACAACGUUUGGUUGCAUCUACUGAAUGGAGAGAGUCAGGACAUCUUGAGGAAGAAACAGCGAGCAAAGUCGUGUUUAUUGUUGAAAGCCCCCAAUUUUGGAGCCAAUGCCAGGAGGUGUUGCAAGUUUUGGAACCACUAUUUGGAGUUUAUUGUUUGUCUCAUAAUACUAAUUCAGCAACUCCAUACUUGUAUGAAUUGAUGGAGAGAGUGAGAGAAUCUCUAGAGGGUCUUUCUGACAGUGAUGAUGGCAAAUAUGAGUGCAUACGGAAGCUUUACUAUGGCAUGCGUGCUAAACUAAUCCAUCCAGUGCAUGUGGCUGCAGCUUCUCUAAAUUCGUCCUACUUUUUAAGUGACAAUUUUCAGGAGAAUGAACAAAUAAAAGACGGAAUUGAUUAUGUGCUACAAAAUAUGGUUGCUGACGAAGAUCAGGAAGCUUUCAUGGAGUAG